UUCACACGGUCACCGGCUACCACCCUUUUUAACUGGGACAACAUGGCUAUGGCAGGCCGUUAUUACGAAGGCGGCAGGGCAACGAAAAGACUAAAAACCAACGACGGAAUGGCAACGGUAAAUAAUUAAUGGUGACUUCUGUGAUAUAACAAGAACAUGCAUUUAAACGCAUGCAUUUAAAUCUACUAUUUAGUUGUAAAUAACACAAUCUUACAGACUCAUGACGCGGCGUUUCAAAAAUAUAUUGCAUCCAGAAACGUUAGCUAGCUCGUGCUCACCCGUGUUCCACGAUGUUAAAGAAAACCACCAAAUAUUUUUUUGUAGAAUACCUGUGGGUAUACUAUUUAAUGUUUAACUUAAAUUGUCAGUGGAGUAAACAUAUCGCUAUGUAGUUAGUUAACUAACUGGCUAGCUAGUUAUCUUUUUCCAACAAUUGUCUAGCUAACUAGCCUUUUUUCAUGUGAAUGAAUGGGCGGGUGCAAUCCAGGCCACGCCAUAAAUCAUAUGGUAACUAGUUAGUGGUAGCGCAACGUUAUUGCUUUGUUCUAGCCUAGCGGGGUCGUUUUGCCAGGCAACGAACACGAGUUGGUGUGUUAACUUGAAAUAAACAGAUUCAUUAUUGACUCGUUCAUUGAUGUAGCCGGUAACUAGCCAGCGAGCUAAUUAGUUUGCUACUUUAUGUAGUCUAUUUUAAUAUUCUCGAAUAUGCAUAACCGUAUGAGGCCAUGUUGUCGUAAUAUUAGGGAUAACAAAAUACAUUUCCUCACUAAUAUUCCCAACAUUUUUUACUGAAUAGUUACCCCUACUUAAUGACAUUUUGGUAGGUAGUUAAUGUUCAUCUUUCCUGCCAAGGUGAAUAAAAUCGAGUUUAGAUUGGAAAUCGAAUGGAUUGUAGUUCUAGCUAGCUACACAAUAGCUGACUAAACUCUGCUCCAUGGUGAAGGAAGUUUUGAUGAACUCCACCAACGGAGUUUAGCAGAGAGCAGGCUUUGUGAAUUGAGCUCUGACUUCAUCGAUUCGCCCAAGGUCAACACUUCAAAAAUAUAUAAUUUUGAAACGCUUACCGUGUACCUAUGUUUAUCCUCUGUGGUUGCGUGCCUUUGUUUGCCGAAAUCCAUACGUUUUACGUAAAAUAAAAACCAUUUAAAUACUUCAAAAAAUGCACUUUAUGAAACGCUUAACUUGUACCCAUGUCCUCUGCAAUUGCGUGCCUUUGUUUGCUGAAACCCAUACUUUUCCAAUAAACGUUAACCAAAUACAACCACCAACUCUUUGCGCAUGCAACUGCAGAGGACAUGGGUACAUGGUAAUAUUGAACUUGGACGAGUUGACGUAGUCGGAGCUGAAUUACGCAAAGCCUGGUCUUUGCUCAACUCCAUUGGUGGAGUUCAUCAAACUUAUUUGACGAUGUAGUUUAGUCAGCUAGCUACAUACAUCUGAUACCUCAAUUCUUAUAAAGCAUGCUAUGAGCUAACCAGGAAACAUGAGUUUAUUGUUUGAAUUUAAUUUAUCCAUUAUUUUUUGCAGGAGGGCUAUGAUGACCCACAUAAGACCCUUCCCUCUCCAGUUGUGCAUGUGAGGGGCUUGGUGGAUGGCAUUACGGAGGCUGACCUUGUGGAGGCUCUGCAGGAGUUUGGAGCUAUUAGGUGAUGAAUAUGCACAUUGAGUGACUGCCUGCCCUAAAAAAUAUCUGCAUGUUUCUUUUCUUCACGAAAUGGCUCAAGCAGAAGCUGACCAGGCUACUUCACUUACAAUGCACACAUUUCAUGGUCAAAAUGUUGCUCCACACAAACACAAUGCAACCAUUUAUAGGUGGUUACUGUUAAACCAGUGAUUGCUCUCUUUACCUCUGCAGAGCUGCUGUGUGUGCAGGCUUUUGUUCUAACCCUUCUAUAACACAAUUGAUUCAGCUCAAGUUCCCGAUGAGCAGCUAGAAUCUGGUGGGUUGGAGCAGUGCUGAAACAAAAGCCUGCUCACCCAGAAGCACUCCAGAGGAGGCCAGGUCAAAAUCAAAUGAAAUGUUAUUUGUCACAUGCGCCGAAUACAACCGGUGUAGACUUUACUGUGAAAUGCUUACUUACAAGCCCUUAACCAACAAUGCAGUUCAAGAAAUAGAGUUAAGAAAAUUACAUAACAAUAACAAGGCUAUAUGGUCAUCUGUAGCUCAAUUGGUAGAGCAUGGCACUUGGAACGCCAGGGUAGUGGGUUCGAUCCCCGGGACCACCCAUUCGUAAAAAUGUAUGCACACAUGACUAAGUCGCUUUGGAUAAAAGCGUCUGCUAAAUGGCUUAUUAUUAUAUGUGCGGGGGUACAGGUUAGUCGAGGUAAUUUGUAAUAAACAGCGAGUAGCAGCAGUGUAAAAACAAAGGGUGGUGUCAAUGUAAAUAGUCCGGGUGGGCAUUUGAUUAACUGUUCAGCUGGGGGGGUAGAAGCUGUUAAGGAGCCGUUUGGUCCUAGACUUGGCGCGUCAGCACCGCAUGCUAUGCAGUUGCCGAGAGAACAGUCUAUGACUUGGGUGACUGGAGUCUGACAAUUUUUUGGGCCUUCCUCUGACACUGCCUAGUAUAUAGGUCCUGGAUGUCAGGACGCUUGGCCCCAGUGAUGUACUGGGCCGUACGCACUACACUGUUGCGCCUUACGUUCAGAUGCAGAGCAGUUGCCAUAUCAGCCUGUGACGCAACCGUUCAGGAUGCUCUCGAUGGUGCAGCUGUAGAACUUUUGGAGGAUCUGGAAACACAUGCCAACACUUUUCAGUCUCCUGAGGAGGAGGGGGGGGGGGUGGGUGUUGUCAUGCCCUCUUCACAACUGUCUUGGUGUGUUUGGACCAUGAUAGUUCGCUGGUGAUGUGGACACCAAGGAAUUUAACUCUUGACCUGCGCCACUUCAGCCCUGUAGAUGUUAAUGGGGGCCUGUUUGGCCCUCCUUUUCCUAUAGGCCACGAUCAGCUCCUUUGUCUUGCUCACAUUGAGGGAGAGGUUGAUGUCCUGGCACCACACUACCAGGUCUCUGACCUCCUCCCUAUAGGCUGUCUCAUCGUUGUCGGUGAUCAGGCCUACCGGUGUUGGAGUCGUGCUUGGCCACGCAGUCGUGGUUGAACAGGGAGUACAGGAGGGGACUGAGCACGGAUCGCUGGGGGGGCCCCAGUGUUGAGGAUCAGUGUGGCAGAUGUGUUGUUGCCUACCCUUACCACCUGGGGGCGGCCCGUUGAAGUCCAGGAUCCACUUGCAGAGGGAGGUGUUUAGUCCCAGGGUCCUCAACUUAGUGAUGAGCUUUGUGGGCACUAUGUUGUUGAACGCUGAGCUGUAGUCAAUGAACAACAUUCUCACAUGGGUGUUCCUUUUGUCCAGGUGGAAGUAAAGAAACUGUGUCCUCUUAACUUUGUUAUGCAUCCUUUAUUAAUAUAACCUUUUUGUUUACAGCUAUGUGGUGGUUAUGCCCAAGAAGCGUCAGGCCCUGGUUGAGUACGAGGAUCUGAAUGGGUCAUGUACUGCUGUGACGUAUGCGAAUGACAACCAGAUCUACAUUUCCGGGCACCCAGCCUUUGUCAACUACUCCACCAGCCAGAAGAUCUCCCGGCCGGGCGACCCGGACGAUUCUAGAAGUGUCAACAAUGUGCUACUUCUCACCAUCAUGAACCCAAUCUACCCUGUUACCACGGUAAAGUGUUGGCCACCUCUACCCAACCUGUUGAUUCUGUUGUGCUGUGUACUUCGUUAUUAUUUCUGAUAAUGUGAAUUACUUGUUAUGUCUACAGGAUGUGCUCUACACGGUCUGCAAUAACUGCGGCCCUGUCCAGAGGAUUGUCAUCUUCCGGAAGAAUGGUGUUCAGGCCAUGGUGGAAUAUCCUUUGCUGCAAAAUUCAUUUUUGAAAAUGACGUUUUUUGUGAAACAGUUGCAUGCCCUCGGGUAAUCCUUGGUGAAACUAAGACUUCUGGAGUUUGAAGUUGCCAUACUUUCUCUACAUACCAUGUCAGGCAACCUACAGUCUGGAACAUGGCAAUUGUUUGUUGCACAUACUGUAUGUGAUGAGUGAUUAGACUAUUAACACGUUAGUAUUUUAUUUUUUUCCCUUCGUUUUUUUAAUAGCACUAAGAGACUGGUAAACAAGGGCUUGUGCAAUAAGCUCCGGAAUAACCGGAACGUGUUAUGGUGUCUGCGCAAGGUGCUGUUCUCAGAACUGUAGUCUACAUGUCCUUUCCUUGACUCCCAACACGUUUGAUUCGGUGCAGAGUGCACAGAGGGCAAAAGCCUCCCUCAAUGGGGCAGACAUCUACUCUGGCUGCUGCACACUCAAGAUCGAAUAUGCCAAGGUAGGGGAAAAUGCAAAUCCAUAGCCCUGAAGAGCUUCUAGUGUUCCAUGAUAUGGACUUUGAAAAAUGCUUUGAUGGAAUUAAUUUGUAUAUUUUCCCACAGCCAACUCGUCUCAAUGUGUUCAAGAAUGACCAGGACACUUGGGACUACACCAACCCCAAUCUGAGUGGUCAAGGUAACGCACACAGCCAUCUGCGGUCCUUGCUGACACUACCAUCACCCUUACUGCUACUGUGGGGGAUGGGAAGGGGGGUUCGAUGGUAGACCUUCAGGGGUAAUGCCACUGAGCACAGGAAAUGCCCCUUUAACCAGCUCAAUGUCCAACUCUUUCUAAUGUAAGCAGGGCUUGGUUGGUAUCAUUCUCACCGGCUGUUAUAUUGGUUUAGCGAAUUACCGUUAACUCUUGCAUGGGGCUCCAUUUCAGUGGCAUUAUGACUGAAGUGCUGGUGUGGUCUUCUGGUGAUACACCGUCCGUCACACAGCCAGACACGCUAGGGAUGCAAGGAGCAGCUGAAUGGGCAGAUAUUCUUCACUAGAGACUACAGUUAUUGCUCAAGGAUUUUACUUGUACACCUAAUUAAAAAAUAAUGAUAAUAGAAAAGGUGCCACCCUUGCUUGGAACACCCCUGAGUAAACUCCUUACCCUCAACCCAGUGCUAUCAGAUCUAAAGAUAUGUGGGCACUAAGGGUACCAAGUCAAGGUCCUGUGAAUUCUGAGUUUCUAGUUUGGCGUUGACUGACUCGCAACAAAAGCUUGGAGAAGUAGUAAAACUACCUGACGAAGCAGUCAUUUGUUGCUCAUUAAAUGGGAGGGAAGGAAGCGUUCUAGGAUGUUGCUUGUAAAUCUAACCACUCCACACCACCGACCCAUUCAUGCCUUACAUUCUUGUCUGAAUACCCGUUUCAUGGCGUCUCCGCAGUGUCUGAUACAGAGGCAUAACAUCACUGUCAAAAAAUAUACUUAUACAUACUGAUUGCUAUGUAUUGUUUGUGCCAUGGCAACCAAUCUGAUGCACUGCCCAUGGAUACAUCAAGUUGUAAGACUAGACAGUCUGAGCAAAGAUACCUUCUUGUUUACCCACUUGAGUCUCUUGUGAAACUUGCUCUACCGACAGCAAAUUGCUCCUUUCAUUCCCAGCACACUCGUCAAUGUAUAGAUCUGUACAUCUAUACAGGCUACUUUAAGCAUAGACCAUACUGCAAAACAACAGCCACUCUAGCUUCUCGUCGGAACACUUUGGAGCAACACAUUUCCAUAUAUGCAUCGGAGACACAUUUGUUGCCGUCAUCAACACUACUCCCAACACUACUGCUGCCGUCAACACUACUCUCAACACCACCUCAACCUCCACCGCUCCUACUUCAAUAAGGACACAUCCACUUUCUGUACCAAACAGAAGGAACACUUAGGACAUUGGGGAUGGAUAGACUGCAAGACCAUGGCAGCAGACAUGUUUUGAUAAACUGACCCCCCCCCCCCCCCCCCCCCCCCCCCCUCAAUCCAUCUCCUUUGUGCUGCAACAGCAUAGCUCCAAAGCCACGAAGACAUCCCCUAUACCUUUUCUAUGGCAUGACACAUUUUCCAUGGGGAGUUUGGUUGCUGGUACAUUGGCACUAAGCUGUGCUUUCCACACCCUCCCAGUUUUGAGACCCCAGCAAGACAUGCCUGACACAUUGAAACAUGCCAUCACCCAGACCUCACCUGCAAGUCAUCACCUCACUGCUGACAUGGAAGCUUUUUGACUGAUACACAUCCACAGGAGACCCACCCUAUAAAGACAACAUCCAGAGACCCAUAGUGACGAGCAUGCUCCCACAAACACAAAACAGAUGAACCAUACUGAUACAAACCAGUUGCUCAAGACUACACAGUCCUGUUCUCUGUACCUGCCUGUCUUUGGUGGUGCAGGUGGUUUCGCUCUCUUGUGCCCUGCUCCUGGUGUUUAACACAUCAAACACUACUCAAAACCCUCCACUCCUGUUGCUGUACUGACUCCAUAGAUGAUUCGCACCAUCACUGUCAAGGCUGUAGCCAGUCACAUGGGAAGGAAUACAACAGACAACUGAUGAAGACACUACAAACAUGAACAAGCAUACGCACAUUCAGACAGACCAUAUUUUUCUCCUCAUAUAUGCAUACCUCAUGGAGUCGGGUGUUCUGAUUUGCCUCUCCCCCCCCCCCCCCCCCCCCCCUCCUUUCCUCCCUAUACUGUUCUUGCAACAUGCAUCCCUGUCUAGUUUCUCCAUCUUUUCCUGAAUGCAGCUCUUUUGUGGAUAUUGACCUUUUUAGUACCUGUGUAACACCUUCCAUGUGACGCAGGUCUGGCAAUUUGCACCUAAUGAGGACCCAGGUCUGAAAUGUGCCAAAUGGCUGCUUUGCGGCCUGCCAUUGGCAAGGAGUGUAUUCGAUAAGGCACUUGGAGAGUGGACCACCAACCACAGUGGAAAUUGACACAAAAAAGGCCAGAAAUCCGACAAAGGUGGAAAUGUUCUUCCAAAGGGGAGUGGAGUGAAAGAUGGAAAGGAUGAAAUGAACACGGAGAGAAGUAAUGGACCCACUGCCAAAUAACAGCAAAUGUCUCCAGCCACAAUCUUUGUCCCCCAAUAUAUCCAUGCUGUAAGUAAACUGAGCCCCAGUUUGCACACAACACAUGUUCCCAUUUCUUACACUCGGGAUGUCUUCAAAAAAUAUAUUGUGAUAUUAUCCUCCUUGAAGGUUUUUUAUGUUGUGUCUGCUUUUAUAUGGUGUUCCACUCCCCUUCUCAGUGACACCAUAUUUCCCCUGGGGGGGGACUUGUAGUGCUUUCCCUGUGGGCAUUUUGUCCUCUUGACUUGUAUGAAUAAAGCUGGUGUUUGGGUGGCUCUCCACUAAGGGGGGCUAUAUGUAGUAUUUUCAUUUCCCCAGACUUGUAGACAUAAUUGAAAUGUGACACUUUAUUAUUUGUAUAUCCUAGUUACAGUAUGGAGAUAACGGACUGUGAAUGUAUUGAAGUAGUCAAAUAUUUCAAGUGCUCCAGUGAUGCUUUUAGUCAUUUUUCUCAAAACACUCCCAUGUGUAGGUGCAUGUGUGUUUUAAUCUGGCCUGAAUGUAAUGUGUAUGAGAUGUGUACCUGUACAGAUGCAGAAGCUGAUGGCAAUGGGAGCAAUGCUGGAGGUGUGUUUGCAUACUUCUGUUGGAUUCAUUCUCACCCACCUCAUUCUCCCUUCUACCAUAUGCUAAAACAUUUAAAAUUGAGGAUUUAUCUAGCGUUCAGGAUUGUUUACUUGUUAGCAUUUGUUAAUUCAUUUUUAGCUGUAGUAAUAACAGUUUGUUUAAACUCCAAGAAUUGAAGAUACAUUUUGUCAUAGAAACUUGUCCAACCUUUGGCAUCAAAAUGCCAUGACUGAACCAGUAGAUAUACUAUGUAGAUUUGUUUUUGUCUUGUUGGUGUUAUAAAUGUUCAGUAGUUAUUACGGUUAGUGUGCUUUCUUUUAGAUGUGGUGUUUUUCUUGUGUGCUAUCCUUAAUUCUAAUUGAACAUCCGCUAUUGCGCUGCAUUGUCGUGUCUUGUCAAUUUAUCUAUCGCUCUUCUCUUCCUCUUUCUCCUUCCUCUGCCUCCUGAAUUUAUCACCUCAGAAGAUGGGAGUGCCAACCCCAACAAGCGUGUGAGAGCGCCGGCUCUGCUGGGAGACCACCCUCCAGAGUACGGUAAGGCUCUUAGGCCCAGGGGGGCCACACACGUGCUGUCCCUUGUAGUGCUCUCCUCACACUAAAUUCACCUGCAAGGUGCAGGUGGCGGCUAAAAAUGUAUGACUAAAAAUGGGUACCCCACAGUGGCAGCGAGGUGGUGCGGCGUAGUCAAUUGUCUUAGCUCACCUGAUAAUGGAAAGUUUUACACAUGGUGAGGUUGACCACUUUCUUUGGGAAGUCUAGCCUUUGUCCAUAUCAAACAAUGUUCCCUGUUUGAUCCUGUGGUCCCUUGUGUUCCUAGCGGGUGGUUACCAUGGAUAUGACGAGAGCGGCUAUGGCCCCCCUCCACCCCCACACUACAGCGAGGGCCGUCGCAUGGGUCCUCCCAUGAGGGGACGAGGGGGGGCACACAGCUACGGCGGGGGACCUGGCUACGGCCCUCCUCCUCCCCCCCCCGGCGAGUACAGUGCCCACGCAGACUCCCCUGUAGUCAUGGUCUACGGUCUGGAGCCUGCCAAGAUGAACGCAGACAAGGUGUUCAAUGUUUUCUGUCUCUAUGGCAACGUGGAGCGGGUAAGUGUGGAGGGGGAAGGGGGCAAUCCAAUGCAUUUAUUUAAAUAAGAGGCUGCUGAUAUUGAGUGACCCCAUGCAUCUGGUCCCUUACCUCAGGUGAAGUUUAUGAAGAGUAAGCCAGGAGCAGCCAUGGUGGAGAUGGGAGACUGUUAUGCUGUGGACCGGGCCAUCACACACCUCAACAACAACUUCCUGUUUGGACAGAAGCUCAACGUCUGGUAAGAUGUCAAUCUGAAACGCCUGUUCAUUCAGCGCCUUGUCUUUUAUUUGUGAUUUUAUUUUUUUCCGCUAGUGCUUAAUCUUAUUUGCUGCCUCUUGCUAUAAUAAGGGACUGUUCUUUGUGGCUUGUACAAGUUGUCUAAUGCUCUUUUCCCUUUGCAGUGUGUCCAAGCAGCAGGCAAUCAUGCCUGGUCAGUCUUACGAGCUGGAGGACGGCAGCACCAGCUUUAAGGACUUCCACGGCUCCCGCAACAACCGCUUCACCUCCCCAGAGCAGGCUGCCAAGAACCGCAUUCAGCACCCCAGCAACGUCCUGCACUUCUUCAACGCCCAGCCAGACUCGUCCGUAGAGAUUUUCACUCAGGUGAGUCCCAAAGCACACUGGUGACCCAUUUUUAUGUAGGGAGCAGUGAAAUAAGACCAACGCCUACAAAACAGUCAUCAAUUGACCUUGUCUUGUUCUUUUCAGAUCUGUGAAGAGGUUGGUGUCAAAGCCCCUGCAAACAUCAAACUUUUCACGGGAAAGAGUAAGUGUACAUUUGAGCUUCCUUUUUAGAUGUCAUUUUGAAACUACGUACUCUUGGUAUGUAUGACAGUGGUGCUAAACUGAGUUGGGCUGUCUUAUCAGGUGCAGGUCCAGGUGAGCGCAGCUCUUCAGGGCUGUUGGAGUGGGAGUCCAUCAACGACGCCAUGGAGGCCUUGUCCAUGAUAAACCACUACCAGAUGAAGAACGCAAGUAAGUGGUUGGGCGCUAAGCCUAUGUAUAAAUGUUUAUUUAAAUGGUGUAGUAUGAAAAAUGUAUGCACUCACUAACUUUAAGUCGCUCUGGAUAAGAGCGUCUGCUAAAUGAAUAAUGUGUAGGAUGAUGUAGGGUGUGAUUGCUGUUUUCUGAUAUCUUCUGUCUUUGUCUCUUCAGCUGGCCCGUACCCAUACACCCUCAAGCUGUGCUUUUCUACUGCUCAGCAUGCAACCUAAACAGCCACCACGAUCAUGGAGAAUAUUCCACAUCAAACUGUCAUCCCUACAGUCUUCACCCCUAUUUUGACCUUGUCUGUUUUAGGCAGUUAGUGAGUUUGUCCGCAGUCAUAUUGGUUUGUCCUUAUUCUUUGAUAUUGAGCUCAUAAAAGCAAGUUGUGAACUGGUAAAUUAGAGAAUUGUUUUAUGCCAGAUGGAUGAAUAAGUUAACGCUUUUGUAUAAGUAUUGUUUUGCAUCUUUUAUUACUCUCCCAUGUUUUUUAAAUUGCUGCUUGCUCAGUACCAUGCCUCUACAUGCUUGUAUGUAUUUGAAGGAAGGAGAGUUUAUUUUGUUGGCAGAAAUAAAAAUCAAUUUCAAGUAGUGUAUCUUUUGACAUCCCUCAAUAAACGAACUUCUUUAUUCCAGCUUGCCAGUUAACAAUUUGGUUAUUGAAUGAAAUUAUACUACGAACAACUAUUGUAAGAAUUCUAAUAUUUUUCUGUUAAAUUAUUUCGUUCAUAAUUGGUUAGAAACGCUAACCUAUCCUGCCCAAUCGAAAGCAACUUUUUUAGCCUUCCUCGAUCCCGUAGCUUUUUUUUGGGGGGACAAAACCAGCCAGCUAGUUUAAUGGAACAAAUAUUGAUUGUCGUAUUUACAGCAUUAGUUCUUUGUUCACAGUAAUGGUAAGCCAUUAUCUGCUUUUCUAUACAUUUUUGUUGCAUUAGGCUAGCUUUGAACACCAAUACUUAACUUUUACUUGACAGCCGUUCUACUUGACUGCGCCGUUCAUUUCUUUCUUUCUCUCGAGUUGAUUUGGUCAAAUGGCAAUGCCAUUAAUUGUCAGAUCAGCGCUCAUGAAAAGUAAGUGUACAUGAUUGAGUCUUUAAGAUGCAUGUCAGCUCUAAAACGUAGCUAACUUCAGCUAAAUGUAUGUUUUCUACACGGGUCGCAUCCAUUCAAUUAGCAAGGCUAGCCACCUGACGUUAGGAAAAGUCAUUGGCACCAUAUAAUUAUUGGAGACCCAGACCAGAUUCGCUAGCUAGCUACUGUAGUUAGCUAACCUGGCUAUAGAUUUUUACUUAAAUAUCAACACUUUGCUAGGUAGCUAGCUAAUACUAAGCUCCAGCUAAUGUAAACUGUUUGGUUAGCGUCUUGGCUAACUAGGUGAGAGGUGAAUACUAUGUAACACUAUUCCGUAUAGGAGUGGAUCGCAAGGUGGUUUAGUAGGUCAAAACCGUGCAAAUGACGUAUUUUACUGGAAUUAUCAUUAUCAUUUACUGGAAAAUCAUAUUAAUGUUUCUUUGUGUUGUAUUACAUUUUUUUCUAUCAACCCCUCCCUUCCCUCCCUCUGUCUCUCAUUUGGGUGCUGAUCAUCAGACAGGAGUCUGUGGCUACCUGGUCUCAGUGCUGUAAGGGCCUUGUCUUCUCCUGGGGGCCCCACGCCUCCUUUUACCACCCUGUCUGUCAGUCAACCUGCCACAGCUGUCACUCACGUAGAGCUGCACCGGCCAGAGAAACGCAAUGCCAUGAACAAAGCCUUCUGGAGGUAACACCUGGCCCAAACACCACUACUUAAACACAGCUGAAACGUUUCCUGCCUUUCUAGUUGCACAUUUGUGUAAUCCAGCACUACAGCACUGUGUUCCUUUAUGAAUUGAUGUGCAUCCUAUAUUUCUUAAUAUUUUCUUCUCUUCCACCGUACAUCCCCCCUUUUCUCUCAGAGAAAUGGUGGAGUGCUUUACACAGAUAGCUGGGGACCCGGAGUGCCGCGUGGUUGUCGUCUCAGGUGCUGGAAAGGUCUUCACAGCUGGUAAGAGAAUGUUUCCCUUUAGCUUACAAUUGUCUCAGGUUGAACUGGGUUCUACUUAUCAAUAGGAUGUACCACAAUAUACCAAACAUAACAGUAUAACCAGUAAAAAAAUUAACUGUUGGAUUAUGACUGUGUGUAGGCAUUGACUUGAUGGACAUGGCCAGUGAAGUCUUACAGCCUGAGGGGGACGACAUGGCCAGGACUUCCUGGAACAUGCGACGCAUCAUCACCAAGUACCAGGAAACCUUCACCGUCAUUGAAAGGGUCUGUAUAUGAACUUGUGAAAUACUUACUCCUGCACAAUAUGUUAGGUAUUGAUAGUGAACAAGUAGGCAAAUGCAUUCUCUCUUUCCCACCACCCCCUUUCUUCUUGUAGUGUCCAAAGCCUGUGGUUGUGGCAGUGCAUGGAGCUUGUGUUGGAGGAGGUGAGUUUUGGUGGUAUAUUAUUGAUUUGCAAAGUCUUGCAAAAGCUUAAAUAUAUUAUUCCUUCUUUCCAAAAUGUGACUUUCUUCACCCGUGUAGGUGUUCUGCAAUAAAACUGUAAUGGCUUGUCAUGUUAUAACAUGUAUGUGUUCUGUCAGGAGUGGAUCUGAUCACAGCCUGUGAUAUCCGUCUCUGCACUCAGGAUGCCUGGUUUCAGGUGAAGGUAAGUGGGCCUAAAUGCAUCACCUUACCCCCAAUGACCAACUCCAUGAGGACCAAGGUCCAGGGGACAUCCAAAGGCCUUUUCAGACUGUACGUCGGAUUCAGCCUUUUAGCCUUUUACGAUUAUCACGUCGCACGCAAUGUUACCAAAUUAAAAUCUUUAUAUCAACGUGUCCAGAUUGUACGAUUUGCUUCAGUUCUGUCAUCACAUUCUGCGAUUGGCUUGCGAGGCUACAUCAGCCGACAUAGGCUACAUCAACUGCAUCAACCACACUACACGAUAAAGGAAAAAGAAAUCUGACGCUGACAGAACUUUGUCGGAGCCUACGACCACACGUAGUGGUACUUAAUCGGCAGACUUAGAUCCUGUCACACUGAACGAGCCAAGACAUCUAACAGUCGUUUACGACCUAAGAAUUUGCCCACGACGUGGACAUUUUGUCUGGGAUGGCAAAAUCGUUGCAUAAAAGGGCUAAAAUCAUAGUCUAUAAUGGCCUUAACUGGUAGCGGUUUUCAUACAUGUGUUUUCUGUAGCAACCACCAGGGGGACUCUCAUAGUAAAGUAAAGGCAGAAUGAUGAGAAAAGUGUACUUGUGCAUUCUGCUUCGUAUCUCUGAGUGAUGUGAAAGGUCUGCCUCUCUUACAGGAAGUUGAUAUUGGCCUAGCAGCUGACGUUGGAACUCUGCAGCGCCUACCUAAAGUCAUUGGGAGCCGCAGGUUAGAGCAAGCAUUUUAUAUGGUUGGUAGAGCAUGGCGCUUGCAACGCCAGGGUUGUGGGUUCGUUUCCCACGGGGGGCCAGUAUGAAAAAUGUAUGCGCUCACUAACUGUAAGUCGCUCUGGAUAAGAGCAUCUGCUAAAUGAGUAAAAUGUAAAAAAUAUAUGCAUUCAUUACAACAAUGCUGCGUGGGAGUCCCUCAGCUUGCAUACAUACAGUUGAAGUCGGAAGUUUGCAUACACUUAGGUUGGAGUAAUUAAAACUUGUUUUUCAACCACUCCACAAAUUUCUUGUUAACAAACUAUAGUUUUGGCAAGUCGGUUAGGACAUCUACUUUGCAUGACACAAGUAAUUUUUCCAAUAAUUGUUUACAAAUUAUUUCACUUAUAAUUCCAGUGUAUCACAAUUCCAGUGGGUCAAAAAAGUCUGGUUCAUCCUUGGGAGCAAUUUCCAAACGCCUGAAGGUACCUCGUUCAUCUGUACAAACAAUAGUACGCAAGUAUAAACACCAUGGGACCACGCAGCCGUCAUACCGAUCAGGAAGUCUCCUAGAGAUUAACGUACUUUGGUGCGAAAAUUGCAAAUCAAUCCCAGAACAACAGCAAAGGACCUUGUGAAGAUGCUGGAGGAAACAGGUACAAAAGUAUCUAUAUCCACAGUAAAACGAGUCCUAUAUCGACAUAACCUGAAAGGCCACUCAGCAAGGAAGAAGCCACUGCUCCAAAACCGCCAUAAAAAAGCCUAUGGUUUGCAACUGCACAUGGGGACAAAGAUCGUACUUUUUGGAGAAAUGUACUCUGGCCUGAUGAAACACAAAUAGAACUGUUUGGCCAUAAUGACCAUCGUUAUGUUUGGAGGAAAAAGGGGGUAGCUUGCAAGCUGAAGAACACCAUCCCAACAGUGAAGCACGGGGGUGGCAGCAUCAUGCUGUGGGGGUGCUUUGCUGCAGGAGGGACUGGUGCACUUCACAAAAUAGAUGGCAUCAUGAGGAAGGAAAAUUAUGUGGAUAUAUUGAAGCAACAUCAGUCAGGAAGUUAAAGCUUGGUCGCAAAUGGGUCUUCCAAAUGGACAAUGACCACAAGCAUACUUCCAAAGUUGUGGCAAAAUGGCUUAAGGACAACAAUAUCAAGGUAUUGGAGUGGCUAUCACAAAGCCCUGACCUCAAUCCUAUAGAACAUUUGUGGGCAGAACUGAAAAGGCGUGUGCGAGCAAGGAGGCCUACACACCUGACUCAGUUACACCAGCUCUGUCAGGAGGAAUGGGCCAAAAUUCACCCAACUUAUUGUGGGAAGCUUGUGGAAGGCUGCCCGAAACGUUUGACCCAAGUUAAACAGUUUAAAGGCAAUGCUACAAAAAUACUAAUCGAGUGUAUGUAAACUUCUGACCCACUGAGAAAAGCUUAAAUAAAUCAUUCUCUCUACUAUUAUUCUGACAUUUCACAUUCUUAAAAUAAAGUGGUGAUCCUAACUGACCUAAGACAGGUCAUUUUUACUAGGACUAAAUGUCAGGAAUUGUGAAACUGAGUUUAAAUGUAUUUGGCUAUGGUGUAUGUCAACUUCUGACUUCAACUGUACACCCAGGAACACUGAGUGCUGCCAAGUAUUGUUCUGAAUAGAUCCCUUAUACACUGCUAAAAAAAAUAAAGGGAACACUUAAACAACACAUCCUAGAUCUGAAUGAAUGAAAUAAUCUUAUUAAAUACUUUUUUCUUUACAUAGUUGAAUGUGCUGACAACAAAAUCACACAAAAAUUAUCAAUGGAAAUCAAAUGUAUCAACCCAUGGAGGUCUGGAUUUGGAGUCACCCUCAAAAUUAAAGGGGAAAACCACACUACAGGCUGAUCCAACUUUGAUGUAAUGUCCUUAAAACAAGUCAAAAUGAGGCUCAGUAGUGUGUGUGGCCUCCACGUGCCUGUAUGACCUCCCUACAACGCCUGGGCAUGCUCCUGAUGAGGUGGCGGAUGGUCUCCUGAGGGAUCUCCUCCCAGACCUGGACUAAAGCAUCUGCCAACUCCUGGACAGUCUGUGGUGCAACGUGGCGUUGGUGGAUGGAGCGAGACAUGAUGUCCCAGAUGUGCUCAAUUGGAUUCAGGUCUGGGGAACGGGCGGGCCAGUCCAUAGCACCAAUGCCUUCCUCUUGCAGGAACUGCUGACACACUCCAGCCACAUGAUGUCUAGCAUUGUCUUGCAUUAGGAGGAACCCAGGGCCAACCGCACCAGCAUAUGGUCUCACAAGGGGUCUGAGGAUCUCAUCUCGGUACCUAAUGGCAGUCAGGCUACCUCUGGCGAGCACAUGGAGGGCUGUGCGGUCCCCCAAAGAAAUGCCACCCCACACCAUGACUGACCCACCGCCAAACCGGUCAUGCUGGAGGAUGUUGCAGGCAGCAGAACGUUCUCCACGGCGUCUCCAGACUCUGUCACGUCUGUCACGUGCUCAGUGUGAACCUGCUUUCAUCUGUGAAGAGCACAGGGCGCCAGUGGCGAAUUUGCCAAUCUUGGUGUUCUCUGGCAAAUGCCAAACGUCCUGCACGGUGUUGGGCUGUAAGCACAACCCCCACCUGUGGACGUCGGGCCCUCAUACCACCCUCAUGGAGUCUGUUUCUGACCGUUUGAGCAGACACAUGCACAUUUGUGGCCUGCUGGAGGUCAUUUUGCAGGGCUCUGGCAGUGCUCCUCCUUGCACAAAGGCGGAGGUAGCAGUCCUGCUGCUGGGUUGUUGCCCUCCUACGGCCUCCUCCACGUCUCCUGAUGUACUGGCCUGUCUCCUGGUAGCGCCUCCAUGCUCUGGACACUACGCUGACAGACACAGCAAACCUUCUUGCCACAGCUCGCAUUGAUGUGCCAUCCUGGAUGAGCUGCACUACCUGAGCCACUUGUGUGGGUUGUAGACUCCGUCUCAUGCUACCACUAGAGUGAAAGCACUGCCAGCAUUCAAAAGUGACCAAAACAUCAGCCAGGAAGCAUAGGAACUGAGAAGUGGUCUGUGGUCACCACCUGCAAAACCUUUAUUGGGGGUGUCUUGCUAAUUGCCUAUAAUUUCCACCUGUUGUCUAUUCCAUUUGCACAACAGCAUGUGAAAUGUAUUGUCAAUCAGUGUUGCUUCCUAAGUGGACAGUUUGAUUUCACAGAAGUGUGAUUGACUUGGAGUUACAUUGUGUUGUUUAAGUGUUCCCUUUAUUUUUUUGAGCAGUGUAUGUAUAAUCUUCCUUCCUCUCCAGCUUGGUGAAUGAGUUGGCUCUGACAGCGAGGAAGAUGUACGCCGAUGAGGCCAAGGAAAGUGGAUUAGUCAGGUAUGGAUAAAAUGUGUGUGUGCGUGUAUUUGUUGUAUAUGCAGGUUGGUUUUGUGUAUUCAUACACUCUUUCCCUGUGUAGCCGUGUAUUUCCGGACAAGGAGGUGAUGAUGGCUGGAGCUCUGGAAAUGGCAGGGGAGAUAGCAGGCCGCAGCCCUGUGGCUGUCCAGGGAACCAAGGUCAACCUGAUCUACUCCAGAGACCACAGUGUGGCAGAGGGCCUGAACUACAUGGUGAGGCUCAAUACUACAAGGAUGCUCACAACACCACACACAUCAGCGUGGCAACAACAUAGUCUAUCAAAAACCGAACCCAGGAUAGAUAACCAUGGGUCUCUUAAACAAGUGUAGUGUUCUGAUAAGGUGGGUGGGUAACUCUGUAUCCUACCAGGAGGCAGAUUUUAGAAAGUAGAUAUCAUUGGAAGUCCAAAAUCUGAAAUGUAAAAAAAAAUGUUUGAAUGAAUUACACACUGAGGCUGAGAGUUCAGUCUGUCUAUCCUUCUGUCUUCAGGCAACGUGGAACAUGAGCAUGCUGCAGACGGAGGAUGUCAUGAAGUCAGCUGCGGCCUCCAUGGAGAAGAAGAGUCCUAAAACCAUAACUUUCUCCGAGCUCUGAAGCUGAGGGGCAGAAAGAGGCUGGAAUGAAGAUUUUCUUAGCUGAUGGGAAGAGGGGGAAUCGAUGGAGGGGCGGUGUAAAAAGUUAAAUUAAAGGGAUUCCUUUAUCUACUUACUCAGAGUCAGAUUAACUAGUGGAUACAAUUUUUAUGUCUCUGCGUUCAGUAUGACCGAAGUUAGAUGUAGUUUGGGGCAUUAGCGCUAGCUUCAAUUAACGUUAGUGCUAGCUUAGCGCAAAGACUGGAAGUCU